AUGGUUACGGUGGAAACAGAGACACGACUAGCCAACUACACCAUCACCAAGUUGGCUGUUGAGAAUGAAAAGGUGGACGUGAAUCAGUCUGGAAGCGAGAUACGUGAUAUCUACCACCUUCACUUCACCAGCUGGCCAGAUCAUGGUGUUCCAGACACUGCUGCCCUUCUGGACUUCAUGUGGAGGGUCAAGGUCAUAUCUGGACAACAAACAGAGCCGAUCAUAGUUCACUGCAGUGCUGGUAUAGGUCGGACAGGGACGUACAUCGCUGUCGAGAGUCUUGUGGAACAGGCUAAGACAGAGGGCGUUGUAGACGUCGUCAGCUUUGUCUCCAACAUGAGAGGGCAGAGGAAGAACAUGAUUCAGACAAAGGAGCAGUACCUGUUCGUGUAUCAGGCGGUGGCGAGGGCGGUGACAGAGGGUGAUACGUCACUGGAUUGUGACGUCAUCAGAGAGAUGAACCUGGAUCACGUGUCGGCCAUUGCUAUGGGAAAUAGGACUGUUCAACAACAUAUCAAGGCAGGGGGUGAAAUUUACAUCAGUGAUGUUAAUUCUCGAUUGUGA